GUAUCCGUAGUUCAAUAGAAACCAUUGUAGUUUGUAUCUUUACCUGCGUAAGAAACGCACCGCGUCUUACAUGUGCUGAUCAGUUAAUUUUUGUGCAGCAACGUGUUAGGAAGAAAAUACAUGUUAUAGUGUAAUAUACGUAUUACAUACAUAUUCACUACGUUCUGCAUAUUAAAAAUUAAUUGAUCAUGGAUCAAAAGUUAUGGCUUCUUGUGGAAUGGGUAGACGAACAAAAUAUAUUUUCCAAUUAUGGUGUGGUUAAUAGUCACUGUUUGAUAAAACACGAGACCGAUCUUCAUACUGGGAAAGUGGUUUUCCUUCGUGACAAGCGUAACAAUGGUGCACGCAAGGCGCAAAUUCUUAGAGUUUCUGAUAACAAGCGUUAUGUCAAAGAGUUGAAAGUGAUGUUGGAAAGACAGGACCAUCAAGUCAAGAAUGUUCUAUCGCUAUGUAUGAAUACUAUCAAAGAGAUGAAAACGGGUCCAAUGUUUAUAGGUGCAAAUCAAUCAUUACCCAUGCCGUGCCAGAGCACACCAAGUAUUCACAUUGAUGACGACAUUAACUCCAGUGACAGCGAUAGCGAUCAGGAGGUGAACCUCAAUCUCACUAAGUCCACGAUCAAAUAUAAUAACCAAAACAAACGCGCCGAAUCAAUAAUCAAUGGACAAAUAAGUCGAUUAUUGAACGACAAGACCAUAAUACGUAACCGUAGAUCACUCAUGAGCAGCACGCCACUACCAGAUAGGAAUGUACCGAAUCUUAAGCUGACAUUCGAUCAAGGAUCACAGACCGAUCCUGUUCUCGACCAACCUCCUUUGGAGAAAAUAGAAGAACUCGAAUCGGUAUUAAAACGGCUAUACGGACAGUUCCUCUCCUUACUAUCUGAUGCUCAAAUUAAUGAAAGUCGAUCAAUAAUGGACAGGACAUCUGAAGAUCGGAGACUUGAUGAGAAUGUAGAGAUUUUAGCAUUAGAAGAACCGUCCAACGUCCGUCAAAAUACUUCAAGUGUUGAGCUCGAAAUGGAUAAGAUGGCUGGUGGCUUAAAGAUAAGAAGAGCAUCGGCGCAGACCACUAACGCAAGUCUUCCAUUGUCGGUUAACAAUGUUGAUAUGGUUUCAAUUGGAAGUGGCAAUGUCACCGUGCCUGCCAGACUAUUGGCAGAAAUCGAUUGGACUUCCCACACUUCAGCGACGAGACAAUUGCUACAAGCCGUCUUUCCGAGAAGAAUUCUUGCCACUCAUUCUUUAACUGGAAAGCAGUCACCGGCAUUUGCAAACAAACCACCGAAAAAGCAACUGGACCCUAAAUUAGUUGACGAUAUUGUUAACACAGUCGCUGAAAGGUGUGAUGUUCCUAAAAGGAUUGUUAGGAGCUCCAUAACGACAAAAUGUACGGACGAAGCAAAGCUAUAUAGAAAUCGUCAACGGUUCAGAAAAAUGCACGAACAACAAAACCAAGAGAACGUCCCGCCAUCUUCUGCGUCAUCAAACGAAUCGACCACUGUUCGAGAUUAAAUAA